CUUGAAUUGUGAACCUCUGCAAGCUGGUCGAGCGUCUGGACAAUUGGUAUUAGUCGUACACAAACAGCUCCUAUUUUAGGCUACGUGGUAACGGCAUCGGAAUUUUGAUCAAGUCAGUGCAUGUUUAACACUAGUCUCUCCUACCACCCAGACUAUAGAAAAAGAAGACAAUAUUCGUCCCGUUCUACAUUCAACGCACGAACUAUACCACGACAAUUGAUCAGUACACGAACACUGCAUCACAUGAUCAAGACGUGCUAGAGAAAUUUACCGAUAUAUCUUAACAGGUUCACUUGCGAGUAUACACUAUACCUUCGCCAUGUCACGAACAGGUUACGAACGCCUGCCAAUGCAUACCGUGCCAGAACUAGGUCCACCGCGUUCCCGUUCCCCAGUCCGCUCAUUCGAUUUCACCAAGCUCUUGAAAAUCACUCUUGCGCUUGCCGUGGCCGUCAUAUUAUACACGUUUUACUUCUAUGAGCCGCACAUCGAAAUCACCUUCUACUCGCGCAAGUGGAUCAACAGCGAAAUCGAGCCCGUAGGACAGCUGGCUGGAUGUUUUGAUGAGAGGAGGAUCAGUGCAGAAUACAACGCUUCUAGGUACUUGAAAGGACCGAAGGAAGUAGAGGUGCAUGCUGGGAUGGGCAUGAGACUUGGGAUGGACUGUUAUGAGUUUGCUGCGACAAUUCCGCGGUCGACCAGUGCCAUGGUGGACAGGCCUCGCUUACCUCCUGAUGAAAGGACACAGUACCAUACGUACUGGCGCGUAGACCUCGCGCCUUUUUCAGAGCGGCAGGAGUGGAUGCUCAAAUCCUUUUUUGCGACUCAGGAUCAUGCAGCCUCGAGACUCGUAAUGUGGUCGAAUGGGGACUUGUCGACGAACCCUAUACUUGCAUCAUAUGCCCACAUGCACCCGAAUUCAUUCGAAAUGCGGGUGGUGGAUAUCCCAAAUCUGGCGAGUGGAACUGCAUUGGACGGGAGCCCAUUGCUAAAGACAAAUGACAAGAAAGCAUGGACGGACGGCGAUCUUGUCAGAUUAUUAGUUAUAUGGAAUUAUGGGGGUGUGUGGAUUGACAUGGAUUCACUAUUGACUCGAGACCUUUCUCCUCUACUCGAGCACGAGUUCGUCACGCAGUGGGAUUGCUACGACAAGAUUUAUCAGCCUCUAAACGGCGCCUUGAUGCAUUUCCACAAACACUCUCCAUAUCUUUGUGAAGCAUUCAAUGUCAUGGCGACUUCAGCAGCUCCUCGUGCCGAUUCUACAGACUGGGGCGCACUUCUUUACCUCAAGCUCUGGCGCCGUCUCCUGGGUGCCCACAUUCCGCCUUUCAAAAUCCUUCCAUUUUGUUUUUCAGAUGCCCGAUCCUGCAGGUUGGAUAACAGGUUACCUGAUCCAUUUGACGGGGAUGAUGGCAGCGAGGCACGGUGGUGGCGUACUACGAAGGGCGGGCUGCAGGAAGGUGGAGACCUAGAUGAUGCGCUUGAGAAUGUGUUUGCUGUGCAUCUCCAUAAUCAAUGGGACAAGACAUUUCCAAAAGGGGGCUGGGUGGAGAGGUUACUUCUCAACAGGUACCAGGAGAAACUUGCGGAGAGGGAGGAUUUAUCAACAGCAAAUUAUAUUACUUAACACUGCACUAACAGAUCCGCAAAUAGUUUGCAUCAGCUAUUCGUUGAUCGUACAUGAUAUACCACAUGUUUAUUCGUAACAUCGGUCUUGAGCGAUUCUUCCAGAACUCCAUCGCCAUCGUCCCAACAAAAUCAUAAACUUGGAUGGGG